GCGGCGGCGGUAGCGCUCCAGCGAUCCGAGCGGAGUCAGCCGCUCAGCGCCCUCGCACACCCGCGGCCCCUCCCGCCACCGCCGCCGCCACCCCCACUGCAGUCCGUGCACUCCUCGCGCGCCCGGGGCAUGCUCCGGGUUCCUGCGCCCGGCCUUGGCGGCGGCGAGCUACACUACCCGCCCGCGGAGACAUGAGGCACCGCCCGGGGGCCGCCUUGGCCCUGGGGCUGCUCUUCCUCUGCCUGGCCCAGGCCAACUUCGCCCCCCACUUCUUCGACAACGGGGUCGGCAGCACUAACGGAAACAUGGCCCUGUUCAGCCUCCCAGAGGACACCCCUGUAGGUUCCCAUGUGUACACCCUGAAUGGGACAGACCCCGAGGGAGACCCUGUCUCCUACCACAUCAGCUUUGACCCCAGCACUAGAAGCGUCUUUUCUGUGGACUCCAAUUUUGGAAACAUCACCCUGGUUGAAGAGCUAGACAGAGAGAAGGAGGAUGAAAUUGAAGCCAUCAUCAGCAUUUCCGACGGCCUGAAUCUGGUGGCAGAAAAGGUCAUGAUACUGGUGACUGAUGCCAACGAUGAGGCGCCCAGGUUCAUCCAGGAGCCCUAUGUUGUUCAGGUCCCUGAGGACACACCUGCUGGGAGCAGCAUCAUUAAGGUCCAUGCAGUGGACAAGGACACAGGUUCUGGAGGAAGUGUCACCUACUUCCUGCAGAGCAAGGACUCUGCCACGUUUGCCAUGGACCACCACAGCGGCGUGCUGCGCCUCCGGGCUGGGAGCGCUCUGGACUACGAGAAAGCCCGGACCCACUUCCUCACAGUGGUUGCCAAGGACGGUGGAGGGAGGCUGCGAGGGGCUGACGUGGUGUUCUCAGCCACCACCACAGUCACAGUCAACGUGGGGGAUGUGCAGGACAUGGCCCCUCUCUUCGUGGGCACACCCUACUAUGGCUAUGUGUAUGAGGACACCUUCCCGGGCUCAGAGGUACUGACUGUGGUUGCCAUGGAUGGAGAUCGGGGCAAACCCAACCACAUUCUCUACAGCCUUGUGAAUGGGAGUGAUGGAGCCUUUGAAAUUAAUGCGACGUCUGGAGCCAUCUCCAUCACCCAGAGCCCUGUCCAGCUCCGGAGAGAUGUGUAUGAGCUGCAUGUACAGGUAACUGAGGUCAGUCCUGCAGGGAGCCCAGCUGCCCAGGCCACAGUCCCAGUCAUCAUCAGAAUCGUAGACCUCAACAACCAUCCGCCUACAUUCUAUGGAGAGAGUGGACCCCAGAACAGAUUUGAGCUGUCCAUGUAUGAGCACCCACCUCAGGGGGAGAUCCUGCGGGGCCUCAAGAUCACUGUCAACGACUCAGACCAGGGAGCCAAUGCCAAAUUCAACCUGAGGUUGGUGGGGCCCGGGGGUAUCUUCCGAGUGGUCCCGCUUACAGUCCUGAAUGAAGCCCAAGUCACCAUCAUUGUGGAGAACUCGGCCGCAAUUGACUUUGAAAAGUUCAAAGUGUUAACCUUCAAGCUCCUGGCCGUUGAAGUGAACACCCCAGAGAAGUUCAGCUCCACAGCGGAUGUUGUGAUCCAGCUCCUGGACACCAACGACAAUGUCCCCAAGUUCACCUCCCACUACUACAUUGCCAGGAUACCCGAGAAUGCCCCGGGCGGCUCCAACGUGGUGGCUGUCACGGCUGUGGAUCCAGACACAGGUCCCUGGGGCGAAGUCAAAUACUCCAUCUAUGGGUCUGGGGCAGACCUCUUCCUGAUCCACCCAUCCACUGGGAUCAUCUACACCCAGCCCUGGGCCAACCUGGAUGCUGAGACUACUGCCAGGUACAACUUCUAUGUGAAGGCAGAAGAUAUGGAGGGCAGGUACAGCCUGGCUGAGGUGUUCAUCACUCUGCUGGACAUCAAUGACCACUACCCCCAGUUUGGAAAGAGCAUCCAGGAGAAGACAAUGGUGCUGGGCACCCCAGUGAAAAUUGAGGCCACAGACCAGGAUGCAGAGGAGCCCAACAACCUGGUGGACUAUUCCAUUACCCACGCAGAACCAGCCAAUGUGUUCAACAUCGAUGCACACACAGGGGAAAUCCGGCUCAAGAACUCCAUCCACUCCCUGGAUGCCCUGCGCAACAUCACAUCCAACAGAGAUGCCACAUGGUCCCUAGAGGUGCAGGCCAAGGACCGCGGCUUCCCAUCCUUCAGCACCACAGCCUUACUCAAGAUUGACAUCACAGACACUGAGAUGCUGUCCCGAAGCCCCAUGGCCGCCUUCCUGAUGCAGACCAAGGACAACCCCAUGAAGGCUGUGGGCGUGCUGGCAGGCAUCGUAGCCAGCAUCGUGGCCAUAACCGUCCUCAUCUCCACCGCCACCUUCUGGCGCAACAAGAAGUCCAACAAGGUCCUGCCAGUGCGACGUGUGCUCCGCAAGCGGCCCAGCCCUGCACCCCGCGCCGUCCGCAUUGAGUGGCUCAAGCUCAGGAGGACCAGGGCUACUAACAAGUUUGAGCUCAGGGAGGAGCCUCCCCAUGAGAACUGCAACAAACACAGCUCAGGAGGCACCAUGCCCCCAGCCCCGGCUCCCCCUCCGCCCACCAGAAUGGCGCCCAGCACCGGCGUGACCCUCUGGACUGUGCCUACAGUCUCAGGCUCACUCACCCUUCAGCAACCCCGGUGGCCACCCAAACCCAAGGCCUUGGGGAGCCCCAGCCAGUCAGCUCUGGUCUCGGAGCUCAGGCAGAAGUUUGAGAAGAAGCAUGGAGAUGAGAAGGCUUACUUCUAAAGUGUGUCCUGUGGCCCCUCUCUUCCCCCCCAACAACCACCCUGUUGGCUUGGGCCAUGCUCCCCACUACCUGCUCCUUAUGGUCACUCCUGUCUUGCACAAUGGUGUAACACCCAUAUCCAAGGCUCUGGACAGCACCUUGGGCAAGGGAUUUCUCUGGUUACGGGAUGCAGUUGGCAAACGCUUCCCCAUCACCUACAUCCUUGGCACAACUGUGGGGUUCCCCAUUCCUCAGAGGCUGGAAACAGACAAAGAGCUAGCUCUAUGUGUCUUCUACUUACCAAGCCCAGACUUAACAGUCCCUUGGGUACCCCUGGGGCCUCAGCAUCCUUAGUCAAGGAGCAGAGCCCGAGCCACAUGUGAUAAGGCCUCCUAGGUUAUGAAUCAUAAAGUCUCUGGCUAAGAGCAGGAGCAGGAAAGGUUGGUUUAGUCCUGGCUGAGGCUGGAGAUCAGCGAACCUUGCAGGCUGUAGGAGAGCAAAUGCAUCAGGGGAGGGCAAAGAUGCACUGAAAACUCAGCUGACUGGGACUGUGCCUGAAAGCCAUCGGGAAGAGGGAUGCUGGUGUCCGGGCAGAGACUUUGGUCCCCUGCUGUGCUCACAUGGAACCAGGAGCACAGAGGUCCAAGAUGACGAUGCAAGGAUGACAGCAGAUGGCCUCAGCCAGGGCUGCCAUGGGCCCAGAAAUCUCCAAGCUGGAGCCACAGUGGUAGCCCUAGAAGUUUCCAGAAGAGCAUCAAGGCCCCCCUCUAGGAAGCUGUCCCACCAGAAGUCCUUGAAGUGACAGUGAAGGGCUGAGGUCUGAGGAGACUUCCAUUUUUAUCUGGCUCUUCUGCUCACGUGGCAUAAGCUUGGGAAAGCUGUUCAAAUCCCCUGACCACUCUCUUCUUCAUCUGUAAAAUGAAAAGAGUAAGUCCUGGCUGCCUCACUCACAGGCCUAAGGUGAGGAUUGAAAUACUAUGUGAUGAUGAGGGCUUUAGCCAAGCACAAAGCAGCGCAAAUGUGAAGUAUUUUUCUGCAGCCCCGUUCUCUGGGGUGCAGCUCUUCCACAAAGUAUUAGAAGCCUCUCAUCUACUCUGCCAUGCACCCCAAGGGGGCACUGUGCUGCAUUUGGGUCUGGCCCACAUCCCGGGCAGACAGAGCUGGACAAGGGCGUUGCCCUAGACACACGCCUCCCUUUGCGUUCUCCACCACAGACCCAGUGUGGCCGACCACCGCCAGAGACCCUGGCCGACCACCGCCAGAGAGUACCAGAGCUAAGCAGCACAUCCAGACCAAACCUCCCUUUUGCCAAGAGGAUAAAAACACAUUCCCAAGAGAGGAGGGGUUGCCUGAGGCCAUACAGCGGGUUGGUAGCAGGACCUGGUCCAAAGGCUCCCCACCCCCAGGGGAUUUCCCUUUAUUCAGGCACACCUCUUUCAGCUUGUGACAACCUCCCCAAGGAGAGGAGACAUGCAGGCCUCUAUGAUUACUCCAAGGAGUCCUCCCCGGCUCUAAGGAAACCUGCUGUGUGAGGAAAUCUGGAUAUGUACAGAGAGAAAGGAGAGCAGAUCUUCAUAUUUCCCACCAUUCACUUACAACUCCUCUAGAAUAUGAGGGUGAUUUUAUUUUGACAAAUUGUAUGCAUGUAUGGUUUCUUGAUUUCUAAGUCUGAGUUUUGAGGUUACUCACAUAUACUGAAUAUACAGGAACUUUGCACCCUGUGGUUUAGGAGAGGGCUGCCUUGGACCAUGUUUGCCCUCCACAGGGAAUACAGCAUCCUUACAACUUGCAUGCAAUCAACUUCUUUUGUAAAUGAUAAAAUAAAAUCUGUUAACUAAGGGACAACCUGAGCCCCUGCCCCCUGGUUGUGUUCAUGUUAACUGACUUGUAGAGACCAGUCUUCCUGACAGCCAAGCUCAGCCUGCUUCCUCGCUCCCUCCUAUGGUGGGAGGAUCCUUCCUCCAACCUCCAGAUCUGACUCUGUGGGAGGCUGAAUGUGUCCAAAUUGCCAUGCAUACACCUCUGACUAGCACAUUUAGGGCAUGUCAGCAGAGUAUAGCCCAUUAGGGCCUAGACUGGGCUUUUCUCCUGAGCCAGACAAGCCCUAGCAGGGCUGCUUGAGGAAGACUGGGAUCUGGAUCUAGAACUCAUUAUUCCCUAACCCAGCCCAGUGAGGGUAGGAAUUGGGAAGCCUGGCUGGGCAUGAAAGUUGGGAAGCGGUUUUCUCUCCGGAACAGUGGUCAUGAAGGCCUCUGGGCUGGAAGCUCAGGCCAGCAUCUGGGCCCUGGGAGGGAGGUGGGCUCCUCCACAGGCCCAGGAACUUGAACCAAGGCAGAGGCAAUCUUGGAAACUCCACACAUGGUCAGAUAUGGGGAGGUAUGGAGAAAGUACCUAGUUGCCAGCAUGAGCCAAACUGGGAAAAGGAAGAAAGUACAGCUGAGCCUGAGAGGCCAGCAAACAUGGCAGCCCAGGAAGAGAGACCCCAGCCAGUGGGAGUGAGGCCAGGCCAAGCCCCACUGCUCUAGGGAAGGGUGGCUGCCACAGGACUGCUGCCCAGUCACAUUGGCACAGCCCUGGACUACAUGGUGGCACCAUGUCAGCCUCAGGGUGAAGAGCUGGGAGGCAGGGGUGACAGGUGAGUCAGGCUCACUCUCUCCUGGGCCCCCAAGAAUGGAAGGACAAUCAAUACAUAUGACUCCAAGAAGUCUGCAGAAGAGUGUGCAUUUUUUCUUGUGACUGACCUCAGACUUUCUAAUUAUAUGAAAUAACAUGGUGCUUUACAGCCUGACAGCCCUGAGUCUGAAUCCUGGUUCUGCUAUUUAAGUGUGACUUUGGGCAAGAGACCAAGGCUUCCUGAGCACCCUUUUCCUCAUCAAUGAAUAAUGCCAAAGACCACUGCUAUGAAGAUGACCAGAGCUAAUCUCUGUAAAGCACCUAGCAUCAGCUUUGUACCUGCUGAUACAAGCUCGGCAGACAGUCAUUACUCUUAAUUGUACAAGACUACAACUAAGAGGGCAUUUGAGAAAGGCUGACAGUCCACAUGCAAGAGCACCACAUCCUGAAGGAGACGCCUGCUCAUCCUACGUCCAGGAUGUUUCCAUGCCCAUGGAGCCUUUCCUUUGUACUGGAGAAGAGAGGACAGUAGAAGAGGAGGGAAAUAUGGGCAGGCAGCUGACCCAGCGUCUGACCUGUGCACUCUACAGCCUGUGUUUGAGCAUCUUCCCUCCCAGGCAGUUAGGAACUGAUGAAACAACCCCAAGAGGACCUGUGAGACUGUACUGAACAUCUGUCCAGCAGAGCCCAACUGCCAUAGUGUGGCAAGAGCCGGGGAGGAGCCAGUCCCCUGUUUCUCUAAGGUCUUCAGGAAUUUUGCUGCUCUCAGGAACUCGAAGCUUUGAGAGAUUCCAGGUCCAGCCUACCUGGUGUGAUGUUGGUAUUGCUGGCAGGCAGUAAUGCUUCUCUGACAGUCUUUAAGGGCUCUGACCAUAGGAGGAUGAACAGGGAGAAUGGGGAGGAUGCCCCAUGAGGACUAGGGCUGCCAGACUGGCAUGUGGGCAUAGGGAGGACCCCUAGGAGCUUCACAGAAAUAACCCUGGUGAGGUGGGGGCAGUAUUCUGAAGGGCCUAGUUUCUAGAAUCAGGUGCGGAUGAUUUCAGUGACCACGAUUUGAUCAAUAAAGUAAGUGAGCUUAUUUUGUAGCAAUAGGCUAAUGAUCUGGGGACAUCUGUAUGACACUAUGAAAUUGUGGAAAUGUACCUUUUUAGCUGAAUGAGGUCCACUCAUUCAUUCGUUAAUCAAUAAUUUACUUAUUCAUUCUCUUAA